CAUCAUUUUCACACUGUAGAUCUAACUUCAUAACAGUUUUUGAAGGUUUGUGCUAGUAAGCUGCUGAUAUACCUGGUAGUGUGAGCUGCCUGACGCUUUGGCAUUAUAGAACUCCAGGCAACCAACUGCAGACACGCCAUGAUAUCACAUGGUCGGUCAUGUGACGUUUCCAAUCAAGAUUGCACUGUCAGCUGUCUCUUUCAUACGAAGGUCGACACAACCGAUAACCUGCACGAGAACAUACUUCUGGAACCUGGAGUAGCGAACAGUCAUGAAUGUUUGGGGCUUUGUUUUGUUUCCAUGGUUUCUGGUAUCUGCAUCUGCCCUGUGCCCAGCACCACCACCAUGCACGUGUGACGACGCGGUAAUCAGGUGUGACAGGAAAAACCUCACCAAGAUACCCUCCUUCGCUUCUUCUCCUAAACUGUAUCGGGAGCUCACGCUGUCGUACAACAACAUUACUGACGUUCCUGCUGAUGCUUUUUCCAAGGUCAAUGCUAUAACAAUAGAGAUCCAACACAACCCGUCUCUCACGUACGUCCACCAGUUUGCAUUCCGGGGCCUGCUGCACCUUCACGAGCUCCGUCUUGACUACAACAACAUCGAUGCCAUGGCGCCAGGGGCAUUCUCCGAUCUCCAAUCUCUGACAAUGUUGAGUCUCUCCCACAACCAGAUGUCCACUCUCCGGAAUGGAACGUUUGUCAAUCUCCCGAAACUGGAUUUACUUUUCCUGCGUGAUAACAAUUUAACUCAAAUCGAAACCCAAACAUUCGUAAACUCAAGUAAUAUUGGAUUUAUUGACCUCGGCUUCAACUCCCUCAAGAGCCUGAACUUCUCCGUCGUCUGCCACCUUGGACGUCUGACAGCACUCAACCUCCAAGAAAACAAGCUGAUUUGUUCUUGUUCUCUCAGUUGGCUGGGGCGAUGGCGGGAGGUCCAGGUUCUGACGCAAGCCGGGACACACCAGAUCUACGGGUCGUGCAGACGACAGGGCAUGGACUUAGAUCUGUUCUCAUAUGAGUUCCAGUGUGCACAUAUUGAGAAGUGUUACUCCGGGGCUAAGCUCGUGGGAUGAGAUUCACCCUUCACAUACGCUGCACCGUUACCCAUCACAUUCAACACCAAUGACACACAUUCACACGUUUGGCAGACAAUUUCACCCAUCACAUUCAACCCCAUGCACAUGUUCUCCUGUUUGACACCUAUUUGUGUUACAUGUCGAUUGCCAAAUUAAAACAAUACGUUAACCAAGAAAUUGAUGCGCAAAAGAAAUUGGUGUGCAACCAGCCAACGACAAAUAAAUGUCCUACUGUUAACAUGGUGUAUCAGAAUAAAGAAGUGUACAAAUCCAA